AUGGUCCACAUCGCGUCCCUCGCGCUCCUCGCCUCGGUGGCCCUCGCGGCGCCCACCUCGUACUUCAAGGGUCACCACGGCGCCACUCGGACCGAAGCCAUCGAAGUCAUUGGCGGCAACGAGGCCGAGGUCGGCAAGCACCUCUACGUGACCGGCCUGCGCCAAACAGAAAUCAAAAAGAACGAGUGUGGCGGGUCGCUCAUCUCGCCGACGGCCGUGCUCACGACGGCGCAAUGCGCAUACGGCGACUGGGCCUUGUAUGCUUCGGUCGGGUCUCAUUUCCUCAACGGCACCUCAGACGGCGAGCGCAUCAAGGUCAAGAAGAUCGUGUCGCACCCCAAGUUCAACAUGGAGACGAUGGCCUACGACUUCGCGAUCCUCGAGUUGGAGACGCCAUCCAAAGUGUCGCCGAUCGAGAUUUCGUUUGAAGAUGAUGCGGCCAACGCGCCCGGUGUCACGAGUGUCGCCCGGGGCUGGGGCACGACGAGCCUUACGAGCCCGCAGUCCAAUGUCCUCAAGCAGGUCGGCCUCAAGAUCUGGUCCAACACGGACUGCCAGGCCGCGUUCACCAAGCUCAACGAUCCGUCAAUCCCGGUGGUGGCGACCUCGAUGAUCUGUGCCGGCGGCGUCAAGGGCGAGGACACGUGCCAAGGCGACAUGGGCGGCCCGCUCACAGUCACCAAGAACGGCAAGGACGUGCUCGUCGGGCUCACGAGCUGGGGUGUAGUCUGCGGUGAGGCUGGUAUUCCCAGUGUCUAUGCGCGCCUCUCGCAGGCCAAGGAGUUUCUCGCGCCGUACCUCCCCAAGCCGGCUUGCUAAGAUAAGUCCUCGAGCAGUGUGUAUAGAACCUAUCGACAUGGAUCGCAGGUUCUUUGCAGUCGUACCUACUAACUUCUCGACUAAAUCCAUUUGUUUGUCCUCGU